GAGCUCUCUAAGUAGCCGCUGUCUACAUAGGCAUCUGUCUAAGUAGGCAGCGUUCCAACCGUCAUCUAUCCUUAUAAGACAGAUAAAUGAGACGCUCUAGUUAGACAGCUAUGACGUCGCCGCUGGUUCCCACCCACUGCACGCGACCGGUGUUUACUUACCUCAGCUGUCAAAAUCGCCUCAGCGUUUUACCACCAUGGACCCUGCUCUAGCGGUUUUUACUGCGAUUUUAAUCGUGUUUGCUCUCGAGGAACAGCGGAAUAGACAGGAGUUUCGACGCGCUGUGGUCAGAUGACGAAAUUUAAGAAGACGAGCGCUACUUGCUGCUCUUGAACAGGGAGAAAGACCAAAUAAAUACUGCACCCUGAAUGUCAGUGUACCUCUACUGCAGGUCUAUUUUGACGAGACACAAGACACCAGGCCUGACUUCCGGCUCAAAAGAGAAUCCCUGAAGGUACUUCAUCAGCUGGUCCACCACGAGAGCACUCAUGGCUGGGGGUCAAGCAUUGAAAUAGCAGUAUUCUUGUUUUGGCUGGCUUGUGGCACAUCCUACCGUGUUGUGUCUCGUGCGUUUUCAAUGCCCCGUUCCACUAUCCAUCAUGUAAUUCACCGGGUGGCCAAUGAAAUGAGGCAAAUUCUCCCAAAAGUGGUUCAGCAUCCAAAAAAUGAAGAAUUACAGAGGAUCUCACAAGGUUAUGCGAGGCUGGGAAAUCAUGCAGCUUUCCAAUGUGUAGUCGGCGCUAUAGAUGGCUGCCAUGUACGAAUUAAAGCACCAGGAUAAUCUGAUGCACAGUGCUAUCGAAACCGGAAGCUUUACCCAUCUGUGCAAAUGCAGGCCGUAUGCGAUCAUCAGGCAAAGUUUCUGGAUGCUUUUAUAGGCUUCCCUGGAUCUGUGCAUGAUGCAAGGGUCCUUCGACACAGUACUCUCUACCAGCAGGCAGCAUUCCCACCCAGAGGCUUCAUGAUCCUUGGUGAUGGGGGAUAUCCCUGCAUCGCACAUCCAAUUGCCCUCAUCACCCCUUUUAAAAAGCCUGUAAGAGGGGAAGAGCGGGUAACCUUCAACAGGCAUCAUGCAAAAGCACGUUCUGUAAUUGAACGUGCCUUUGGGAUGCUGAAGACCAGGUGGAGGUCCAUCAUCCUGCAUGCCCUCGAAGUACACCAGCAGUUUGUGCCACAAAUGAUUGUAUCCUGUGUCACCCUGCACAACAUCUGCAUGGGAGCAGGAGACCUUGUUCAGCCUGAGGAGGAAGCAGAUGGCGAGGAGGAAGAGGAUGGGCAGGAGGAAGAUGUCACAGAUGCAGUCAGUGGUCAUCGUCUACAGGAGCAGCUUUGCGCUGCCAUCGCUGACAUGCACUGAUGGUCCAGGAACUGAAAGAGUUUAAUUAGUUAAUUCACAUUUUCAAAUGUUAUAUCGGCACUGAGAAAAAUAUCUUUGAAAGUGACAUCUUAAAUCUAGUCUAAAUGUAUAAUUCUAGUCUUGAUUGUUGUUAGAAGGUAAAUAAUAUUCUAUACAUUUUUACUUGUUAGGCAGUUUAUGUGUAGUCGAAGUGUUAAUUUUUUGGCACUGCUAAAAUCGCUUAAAACGUAAAAAUGUGUACAGACAAGUUAAGUGUUUUUCAAUCUCAAAAUAAGAAAGCUUUAGGAUAAUUCUGUUAUUAAUUCAUUAUAGUUUCUUAUUUAAUUAUUCUUAUUUAAGAUUCAAAUUAAAAUAUUGUUUU